AUGCUACGAUGCGGUCGAUUUCUCUCGCCCGUGAGAUUCGGGCUGCGACCGUUUCUGCGACGCUCUCACACUGAUUCCGGCCUCUCUCCGGUCUUACUGACUAGAGCUCGAUUGCUCGCCGCCGAACAUGACAAACUAUCCGACAGUCUCGCAGAAUCGUUUGAUACCAAAAUCGCCAAGCGAGCCGGUGAAUUGGCCUCGGUCACAAAGGUCCUGAAGGAAUGGGAUAAUGCGAAUGAGUCCAUUGUCGAACUGAAGUCCCUCCUGGAGGACGCCGGAACCGACGCCGAGUUACGCUCUCUUGCGACGGAGGACCUGGAGAGCAGUCGAGAGGCUCUACCUACCAUAUCGGACCGAUUGAAGAAGUCGCUGAUUCCCAAACACCCGUUUGCCGAUCUUCCCUGCUUGCUUGAGAUUCGCCCCGGUGCAGGAGGGGAUGAGGCGGGUCUGUUCGCAUAUGAGAUGCUACGGAUGUAUAUGACCUUCUGCUCUCGGAGAGGCCUUCGACCGACGAUCUUGAAGCAGGAUGUCGAAGACGGGCCCUCGGAGGAUCGCCUGAGUGAGGCCGUGAUUGAGAUCGAGGCCGACGGUGCAUAUGAUCUCUUGAGAACCGAGUCGGGUGUGCACCGCGUGCAGAGGGUACCGGCAACCGAAACCAAGGGCCGCACUCACACUAGUGCCGUCAGCGUGAUGGUCUUGCCGAGUUUUCCGGAAAGUGGAAGCGGCUUGGACAAUGCCCUGAACUUCGAAGACCCGAGCAGUGACUACUAUAUCGAUCCACAAGAGGUGCGUGUCGAGAAGAUGAGGGCCGGAGGCGCAGGAGGACAGCACGUGAAUAAAACAGAGUCUGCCAUUCGGUUGACGCAUACCCCCACGGGCACGGUGGUUUCCAUGCAGGACGAGCGGUCCCAGCAGGCGAACCGUCGGAAAGCCUGGCAGAUGCUGCGGGCCAAGUUGGCGGAGGCCCGCCAGGAAGCUCGAGAGCAGGAGUUGGUUCAACUCCGGCGCGGCGUCUUGGGCGGAGUGGCUCGCAUGGGCCGCGGUGACAAGAUUCGAACGUACAACUACGGCCAGAGUCGCUGCACCGACCAUCGUACUGGCCUUACGAUCCACAACCUGGACGACGUUCUCGAAGGCGGCGAUGGACUCGAGACGGUCAUGGAGAGCGUGCGCACGUGGAUGGCAGACCGUGAGGUCGAGGCCAUGGUGGCCGAGGAGCUAGCAAAGGAGAAGAAAUAG